UUCAAAAAUCAAUAGUAAUUUGAAAUGGUGGCUCUGGCAAAUCCGGCGCCGGAAAACCUAGACAUUCCCCAACAGGAACAGAUGCAGCAGGAGGAAGAUGAUGAGCUUGGCUCCGAGAUUUCCGAUUAUGAACUCUGCAGAGAGGAGCGAAUCAGAGAGAAUCGGGAGAGAAUGCAGAAGCUCGGAAUUUUCUCCCUUUCUCAGCAACUCAAACCCUCUCCCGUCAGAUCCUAUCGCAAAGCUCCGCGCCUUCACAAUCCGCUGCCUCCCUCCCCUGCCGGCCCCACCCGCCGCUCUUCCAGGCUGCAAAGCUCUACGCCAGUUACUUACUGCGAAAUCGACAUGGGGAAAAAGGAGAAAUCAGUGAAGGAAUGGAGAGAGGAGGGGUCGAGACCUGAAGUUUACACUGAGGAACAUGACAAAUUGCUGGGAAGCACUGAAAUGAGCUGGACUCUUUUUGUUGAUGGAUAUGGAAAAGAUGGCAAGAGGAUUUAUGAUCCCAUCAAUGGCAAAACUUGCCAUCAAUGCAGGCAAAAGACUCUUGGUCAGCGUACACAUUGCAGCAGCUGCAACAUGGUCCAGGGACAGUUCUGUGGAGAUUGCUUGUACAUGAGGUAUGGGGAAAAUGUGAUCGAGGCAAAAGCAAAUCCUGACUGGAUCUGCCCGGUUUGUCGUGGAAUUUGUAACUGCAGUUUGUGCCGGCAAGGAAAAGGGUGGCCUCCUACCGGGAUGUUGUACAAGAAGAUUGCAAAUCUUGGCUACAAGUCAGUGGCACACUAUCUUGUCCAAACACGUCGUGCAGAUACUGAUAAAGAGAGCAAUGCUGGCAGCAAGGUUCCAGUUUCUGCAAAGAGAUCGCUGCCCUUUUCGGACAUAGAGGUAACUGGUGAAGAAGGCGAUCUUUUCAAACCUAGCGACAAAUGUCCAAAACCUUUGCCAGAUCCUGUUGAUGCUGCUUUGGCAAAGGAUCAAGUUGAACAUCAAUUGAAGCCCGAAGUUGAAGAAGAUUCUGCUGGGUGUGACGACGAUAAAGAAACUAUACCUGUGGCUGGUACAGCAUGCAUAAAUGCUACAGAGCCAUUGAAUGAUGAGGCAAUAGCUGAAGCUCUUGAAAGAGGAUGUGAUAUCAAGUGCGUCGCUGGAUCAGAAACGAGUCCAAAACCGACCAAGAAACGAGGGCGCUAUGAACCAGCACCAGAUAGUAUUGGUGGGAGGUUGAGAAUGAGGCGCAAAGAGCCGCAGUUGGGAGGUGCGAUCCGUGCAGACACAACAGCAGAUGUGGGAGGUAUUGCUAGUAGAUUGAGAAAGCGUCGCAGAGCGUAGUUACUGACAUAACAACAACCUAUUCAUGGUUUUGGUUUUGAGGUGUCUGUUGUGAUGUAGUUUAACUGACAACUACAUUUGUCGUGAAUGAUGCAUGCAAUCUCUCACCAUGUUUUGCCAUUUUGCUUGUAAUUUAACUUCCCUCCAUCGAGGAAACAUUCUGAGAAGCUAAUUUUUGCUCGGUAUGCACUCGCCAAAAUGCAUAGCUAAUUAAUGAAAUAUUUAU